AUGACAAAGCAUUGGUUGGAGUAGCGCGUCUUGGCACCACCCGCCCGCAGCCUGGAGGCGCAUCACGACCAUCAACUUGACUCGGGCACCACUGCGCACCAGCAUGAUCUCCGGAGCAGCGUAGUGAGCAGCAGCUCCACAGCCCAACGCUGGCCCCACCACCAGGAACAGAUGUUCGUCCAGCAGCCGCUCCGGCUGGAGAAACCCGCCGGCCCCGACCUCCAUAUGGACUAUAUGGGUCAAGUGAUACCAGCAGACAACCGCGGAGCCCCGGGGUCGACCCGCCCUACACCUCCGUUUAGCGAUGGAAAUGCUGAGCUGUCCAAAGCGCAGCACGUUUCACGGAACUCGUGGGAAAGCGGAGGAGACGAAAAAACUACCAACGGGAGAAGGAAGAAAAACUACCAGCGUUACCCUAAACCACCAUACUCCUACCUUGCCAUGAUCGCUAUGGUCAUCCAGAGCUCUCCGGAGAAGAAACUUACAUUAUCGGAGAUUCUGCAGGAGAUCAGUACUCUCUUUCCAUUCUUUAAAGGAAACUACAAAGGCUGGCGGGAUUCUGUGAGACACAACCUCUCCUCCUAUGACUGUUUUGUCAAGGUGUUGAAGGACCCUGGUAAGCCUCAGGGCAAGGGAAACUUCUGGGCUGUGGAGUUGAGCCGUGUGCCUCUUGAGCUCCUCAAGAGGCAGAACACGGCUGUUUCGCGUCAGGAUGAAACAGUCUUUGCCCAGGACCUGGCCCCCUACAUCCUGCAUGGACAACCCCACAGGACAGACACAGCAGCUCCCUCUGGUUCUGUCACCUCCCUGCCUCUGCUGUCCUCCACACACCCCUCCCCACCACAGGAGGACCUGUUCCGACCCAAGUUGGACUCAUCUUUUGCCAUCGACUCGCUGCUCCACAGCCUGAGGCCAACAAGUGUUGCCAGGGAGGAGGACAGGGCUGGUAGAUACUGCUGGGGGGAGGUUGAGCACAGGCGGCCCUCCCCCCCUCUGCGACCCCGCUACACCACCUCCGCCCGCAGUGCUUCUGCCAGCUCUGCAAGCCCAGCUUCAUCUUCCUCUGAUGAGGACUGGCGAGGCAUGUCGCAGGCCGGGAAACACAUCCCCAUCCAAGGUGAGAUACGGUCGGAUGGAUCCGAGGACUGCGAACCCCCGCUCUACAAAUCAGCCCGGCGAGACUCCGUUGCCCCUCCGUGGGAGCUGCCCACCUCCUACGCCAAAUAUACCCCUCCAAAUGCUGUUGCCCCUCCCAGCAUGCGGUUUAACGGGGCUCCCUUGGUGUCACUACAUGGAGGACUUCCGCUGUAUGGCUACGGCAGUUCUCCUGUAGCACCCAACCGCUUCCUAGGCCAUACUUUUUGGCCCAUUCUUCCCAGUGGGCAGGUUUCUCUCCAAGCCCCUCCCCUCAUUAUGGACCUGGACAGCAUGUUGCAGUCCGUGCCACCAAAUAAGAGUGUGUUUGAUGUCCUGGUACCAGCAAAUCAGAACCCUAACCUACAUCAUCAACCGGCCAGUCAGUACACGCUGCAAAAUGGGGCUCCCUUUAACAGGUACAGACAGUAUCCCAAGUACUGA